AUGGCAGUGAUGGAGAAGCUGAGGAUGUUUGUAGCACAAGAGCCUGUGGUCGCAGCUUCUUGCCUCAUCGCUGGCUUUGGUCUCUUCCUUCCAGCUGUGGUAAGGCCAAUUCUAGACUCCUUUGAAGCUUCUAAGCAAGUCCCUCAGCCUGCUUUAAGCGAUGUUGUUGCGGGUAUGACAGGUAAAAAGUAG